AUGGAAGAUGAUAAUCUAUUAUUAAAUAUUAUUAGUGAACCAAUAUCAACAAAAUCUAAAUUAUUAGAAAAAAAAUCAGUUAAACGUAAACAUGAUGUUGUAGAAGAAAAAAUUCUUAAUAAUGAAUUAACAAACAAGAAAAAACGACAUGAACGUGUUAAACUUGAUCUAUGCCAAGGACGGGAAAUGAAAUCUUCAAAACGAUCAUCUUUAUUUGCAAAUAAUCCAACUAUACCUCAUGUUGAGGAUAUUAAUGUAGAAACAGCCAAUGAAGAAAUAUUUGGUACAGCAUCAUCAAUGGAUACAGUGCCAGUACAUCCUCAUAUUAUUUCAUGUUUAAAACAAAAAUUCGAUAUAAAAUGUUUAACAAAUGUUCAAGAAAAAUCUAUUCCAGCUAUUCUUACUGGUCAAGAUGUUAUCAUUAAAUCUCAAACUGGCAGUGGUAAAACACUUGCAUAUGUUAUUCCAAUAAUUCAUCGAAUACAAAUGAUUGAACCAUUAGUAAGACGUGAAACAGGUCCAAUUGCUAUUGUACUUGUUCCAACUAAAGAACUUGUUCAACAAACUUAUGAAGUUUUUCAAAAAUUAUUAACUUCAUUUGUUCGUAUUGUUUGUUCACCACUUGUCGGAGGUUCAAAUCGAAAUCAUGAAAAGAAACGACUUCGUCGUGGUUUAAAUAUUCUUAUAUCAACUCCUGGACGUUUAUGUGAUCAUAUUGAUAAUACACAAUCAUUAUCAUUUAAAAAUAUUCAAUUUUUAAUAUUUGAUGAAGCUGACAAAAUGCUUGAUAUGGGCUUUGCUGAUGCAAUCAAAAAAAUCAUUCAAACAAUAACAAAACAUUUUGAUAAUGAAAAACAUUUUCAACGUAUUCUUUUAUCUGCAACACCAACAACAGCUUUAAAUGAGUUUGUUGAUAUAAAUUUAAAUAAAAAUUCACUUCGUAUUGAUAUCUCAGAAGAAUUUAAUGAAGAAAGUGUUAUAACUGUACCGAAAACAUUAAAACAAAUGUUUACUAUUGUACCAAGUAAAUUACGUCUUGUUACAUUAAUUGGAUUUCUAUUAAAAAUUUUUAAUAAUAAUGAGAAAAAAAAAGCAAAAGCACUUUUAUUUUUGGCAACAAAUGAUCUUGUUCAUUUUCAUUAUGAUGUUAUAAAUACUAUAUUAAAUGGUGAAAAAGAUGAUGAUAUGGAUGAACAAGGAGAUUUACAAUUUGGACAUUUAUUAAAUCAAUCAGUUAAAUUAUUAAGAUUACAAGGAGAUAUGACACAUCAAGAACGAACAAGUGUUUUUAAUGAGUUUUCUAAAUUAACUCGAGGAAUUCUAUUAUGUACAAAUGUUGCCGCACGUGGUCUUGAUUUACCAAGUGUUACAUGGAUUAUACAAUAUCAUCCAACAAGUCCUAUUGAUUAUAUUCAUCGAAUCGGUCGAACAGCUCGACUUGGUUCAAUUGGUCGUUCGUUAAUUUUUCUUUUACCAAAUGAAGCAGAAUAUGUAACAACAUUGCAAGAGAAAUAUAAAAUGAGUUUGAAAAGUGUCACACCAGACGAUAUUCUUGAAACACUUUUAUCCAGUUGUGAUAAGUUAAAACAACACUUUGAAACUCGAACUGUUGUUCCAAAAACAGCUGAACAAUGUGCAAGUUCUCUACAUCAUCAUUUUGAAGAAUAUGUCAAUGGAUCCGAAGAACGUAUUGAACAAGCUCGACAAGCUUAUCUUUCAUUUAUUCGAUAUUAUGCAUCAUUUUCUCGCGAAUGGAAAUAUUUAUUUCAUGUCAAAAAUCUUCAUCGUGGUCAUGUUGCUAAAAGUUUUGGUUUAAAACAAUUACCAGAUGAAUCAAAUAAUCAUUCAAUUAAUGAACGAAAAGGAACAUUUGCUUCAUCAUCAAAAAUAAAUAAAUCAACAAUAUUAAAUGAAAAUGAAACAAUUGAAAUUAAUGAUAAGAAAGAUGAUAAAUCAAUAUCAUCAUUAAAAAUCGAAAAAAAGAAUCAUUCAUCAAUGUCAAACAACACUAAACCUCGACAACGUUUUCGAAAUUUUAGUCAUAUAUCAGAAUUUGGAAAUGGUCUUGAAUUAACAACUAAAUCUAAUAAGAAAAAAGAUAAAAUUGAUGAAUUUUUAGAGAAAAAACGUGAACGAAAUACUAUCAAACGUUUACAUGGUCGAAAAAAACAAACUUAA